AUGGCGGGCGCUGGUGAGCGCAAAGGCAAGAAGGAUGACAAUGGCAUUGGCACGGCUAUUGAUUUUGUGCUCUCCAAUGCCCGGCUGGUGCUGGGGGUGGGUGGGGCAGCCAUGCUGGGCAUCGCCACACUGGCGGUGAAGCGGAUGUAUGACAGGGCGAUCAGUGCCCCUACCAGCCCCACCCGCCUGAGCCAUUCAGGGAAAAGGAGUUGGGAAGAACCAGCCUGGAUGGGCUCCCCCCGAUUGUUGAACAGGGACAUGAAGACAGGCCUGAGCCGGUCCCUGCAGACUCUUCCCACAGACUCCUCCGCCUUUGACACAGAUACAUUCUGCCCACCCCGGCCCAAGCCAUUGGCCAGGAAGGGCCAGGUAGACUUGAAGAAGUCACGACUCCGCAUGUCCCUGCAGGAGAAACUUCUUUCUUACUACCGGAACCGGGCAGCCAUCCCUGCUGGUGAGCAGGCUCGGGCCAAGCAAGCUGCUGUGGACAUAUGUGCUGAGCUCCGGAGCUUCCUGCGGGCCAAGCUGCCUGACAUGCCACUUCGGGACAUGUACCUGAGUGGCAGCCUCUAUGAUGACCUGCAGGUGGUGACAGCUGACCACAUCCAACUCAUUGUGCCCCUUGUGCUGGAGCAGAACCUGUGGUCUUGUAUCCCUGGCGAGGACACUAUCAUGAAUGUCCCUGGGUUCUUCCUGGUUCGUCGUGAGAACCCCGAGUAUUUCCCUCGUGGCAGCAGUUACUGGGACCGCUGCGUGGUGGGGGGCUACCUCUCCCCAAAGACAGUGGCAGACACAUUUGAGAAGGUCGUGGCUGGCUCCAUCAAUUGGCCGGCCAUAGGGUCUCUCUUGGACUAUGUGAUCCGACCAGCACCACCCCCAGAGGCCCUGACCCUGGAAGUACAGUAUGAGCAUGACAAGCAUCUCAUCAUUGACUUUCUGCCAUCAGUGACCCUUGGUGACACUGUCUUGGUGGCCAGACCACACCGGCUAGCUCAGUAUGACAACCUGUGGCGGCUCAGCCUGCGUCCUGCCGAGACGGCUCGCCUGCGAGCUUUGGACCAGGCCGACUCAGGCUGUCGAUCUCUGUGCCUCAAGAUCCUCAAGGCUGUGUGCAAGUCCACUCCGGCUCUGGGCCCCCUCACUGCCAGCCAGCUCACCAACGUCAUCCUCCACUUGGCCCAGGAGGAGGCUGACUGGUCUCCAGAUAUGCUGGCAGACCGAUUCUUGCAGGCCUUGAGGGGACUCAUCAGCUACUUAGAGGCCGGAGUCUUGCCCAGUGCCCUAAGCCCCAAGGUGAACUUAUUUGCAGAGCUCACACCUGAAGAGAUAGAUGAAUUGGGGUACACUCUAUAUUGCUCCUUGUCUGAGCCAGAGGUGCUGCUGCAGACUUAGGGCAGGUGAAGGCAGAGUGGUUGUUGGGCGGUUGGGGACUGGAUUCUCCUUUAGAAACACUUGGCUGCAGAGUUGGUGCAUCACAGGGUCCCUGGGUGCCUCCUGUCUUGCUGGUCUUCGCCUUGUUUGCUUCAUGCUGAAUAGCAUGACAUCUGUUUCCUGUUUUCUCACCCAGCCCCUUCUAUUUUUGUUAUCAAACACUGUGGCCCCGACUUCUCCCUCCCCCUUGCUCCAGGCUAAUUUUUUUUCUAGAAUGAAUUGUGAAGGCGGAGCACUGGCUGAAGCUGUUGAGGCUACUCAGUGUUCUGCGGGUUGGUCCCAGGGUUUCUGCUCCAUCUGUCCUGCCCCUUUCUGCCUGCGCCUUUUUGUGUCUCCCUCUUUUCCUCCUGGUCAUUCCUUCUGUUUUGUGCUUUUCCCUGGAACACUUAUGCCUAAUCAAGAUGUUGCCUUUUAGUUGAAUGUCACUGAAGAGUUACUGCAUGUUUCCAAGCUGAACUCUGCAGAGUGAGUGCUCUGACAGUAUUUACAGUAUUUAGGGUUUCUGGGGAUAAAGCUGGCAGAAGAGCCAGCCUUUGAUCCAGGUUCCUGGAAAAGAAGCCCAUUUCCCACCCCCGCUAACUUAUAUUCCUAAGUGCUGGGAAGGUCUCUCAAGGGAGCCUGAACUGACCACACGGGUGUGAGGGAUCAAGAUAAACUGGAUACAAAAUUAUUUGGAGACUGUGCUUCUCAGUGGCCAUCAGGAGAGAGUGGAGUUGGGGCAGUACGGAUGGUGGAGAGGUCCUUGGGAGGAGGAGAGCGCCUCAUGUCCGUGCCUCAUCCGUGGCUGCGCCUGCACCGCUGUGUGUAGGAGUCAGAUGAGACGGGAGGGAAGGGGCUGCAAGGCUAGUGCCUCUGCAGCAGGGCACUGUUCACUCCUGUCCCUGCCUCACCGCCAGUUAGGAUAGGGCCUUCAAGGACACAGCCUUAGCGUGAGGUUGGAGGGAGGGUGACAGACAGCUGAACAUCAGCUGGAUGACCCAGUCACCAGUGGGGGCUCAGUGACCAUGUUUCUCUCUGCCAGGCCUAGGAUGCUGCCUUAGGGCAGGAACAGCCCCAGUAGCCAGCCCUUUAUUCCCCAGUGGAGCCAUACAAAUGGAAAAGGAGUGUUUGCUGAACUCCUCAGCCACCUCCAGAGGCCAAAAGGCAAGCAACUCUGCGCAGACCUCUCCCCGUCCUGUCCCUUACCCGCUCCUGGACAGCACAGGGAUAACGUGCAGGAGAGGGAGGUGGGGACUUCCCAUGUUCCUCCUCGUUUCUGGCUGCUAAAAUUGCACUAUUUAUUGCAAUGUAAAAAGUAUCCUGAGGGUGAGGAGGAGUGUUUAAUACACGGUGUCAGUGCAUCUUCUUGUUCUGUGUUUUUUCCUGUUUAUGGCAAGCGGUUGAUAAUUUCUGAUCUGCCCAUCCAGUAUUUUUUUCUUCUCUUAUCGCGUCUUACUGCUUUAUCUAUUACUACCUCUCCAUCAGAGGAUUCUGGUGAAGCUCUCUGCAACUGUCUCAUUCCUUCCCAAUACAGUGACAUGAAAUGACUUUAAAUAGCUCUGAAACCUCAGCUACCCUUUGAAUUUAGGGUAGAUUCCUGUCCCGUUUUUGUCAUGGAUUAGGAGAUUGAGAACUACACAAUGUAGUUAACUUUGGAUAUAUUUGGAGAAUCCUCCUGCCUCUUCUCUCAUACAUAUGCAAGAGUUCCUUAAAGUGGUUCAGUUGUUUCAUUUGUUUGAAGAUAUUGAGAGAGAAUGAAAAAUGUGAAGCCCAGAACCCUGAGAGACUCUCCACGCUGGUUGUCCAUCAGAGUCAAAAUGGACUUUAAAAAGAUCAAUAUGCUUGAGUGCUACCCUGGGUGGUUGGUCCUGGGUGGAGCCUGGCAUUGAUGGUUCUGAUGCUUGCAGCUGGUAUCCAUUAGAAGGGAGGAUGAGGGUAGGACUCUCAUAAAGUGUUGCAAAAGCAUGGGUUAUUCUUGAUUGAGGUGAAAAGAUUUGGUUUUCCCGAUGAGAGUAUCAUAAAGCCUACAAUUUUCCCAGGCUGGUGUCUCUGACCACAUUCCAUGUAAAAUAUUGGAAGGAGAGUUCAAAAGAGAAAAGAUGUAAAAAACUAAGUCCCAAAUUAUCAAAGCCAAGUAUAGCUGUCAUUUGAAUUGAUCACUUCUCUUAAAGAACAUCUUUCUAAGAUCAUCUCUGUUUCUUAACUAUGUUUUACAAAACCGAAAACCAGAACUUCGCCAUUUCACAAACAAGGACCUCCUAGAAGUCCUCAGAACUAGCAGCAGUGGGAAUUCUCAGCCCUGGUCCUGGUGGGUUUGCCGACAGACUGGGCAAGCCUCAUAAAACAUGGAAGACAGGCAAGCGCUUUGAGACUCUUGGAUAGAAAAGGGCAACAUUCUGUGCCCUGCCCCCCCAAACCCUUUAAUCUUUGGGGAAAGAUGUAGUGCCUCUCCCUGCCUUUUUUGCCUUCCUCCUCAGUAUUUAUUGCCCACCUUUAAGGCCUGAAGUAAUAGCAUCUGCUCCUAGUUCUCCAUCUAGAAAUUUCUUUGCAUCAUCUUGGUUAAACUCACAUUGUUAGCCUUGUGCUUAAAAAAUAUACUCAUCAGCUUGAAAACCUAGUCACUUGGAAAGUGUAUUUUGUUUCUCUGUUGCCCCUUCCUAAAAAAUUAGUUCAGGACAACAGUGUUUGUUUUUACACUCUUUGGUGUGACUUUCCUUUCAAAUAAAUAAUCAAAGUUCAUUGCUAAA